AACUGAGGUACUGUCUCCCGAGGUCCCAAAAGAGACCUAUUGAUUAGCCGGGAAGCGCAGUACUGGACGCCGCGAGGGACCUGUCGCUUGAUACCGCGUUGUUUUGUUAUUAUUGUCCCUGAAGUGUCUUUCGUCUAGUUUUGUUCCAAGUUUGUCACCGAAACAGUUUCAUCAUGGUCCAGGGCAAACAAUCCUGUAUGUCCUGAAGCCAGUAAUCCCUUGCCUCGGACAGCACAACCUCACAGAGUUCUACAGAUAGGUUCCUUGAGCUGCGUUCUACACACAUAGCAAGUUCUGGGACGGUGAGUUCUCAGGCCAUCACCGGACAAAUUGGGCCAGAUGUAUAUGCUCGAAGUGCACAAGUGUUGCUCUGCUCCCUUCAGAACUGAGACCAGAGAUCUACACUAGGAGCACAGGCUGGCUCCACACCAAUCUAGUGAUGGUAGGAGAGAAGCCAACCAGGGCAACAAGAGAUCCUAACUCUUUGAAAUGGCUUUUUUCUUGAUUUGGUGCUUGCUCUGCCACUGCAGUCACUUCCCUGUUUUCUGGAGCUUUGAGAAAGAUAUUUCUGCCAGUUCUUACUGGUUGUUCAAACUUCUAAGUGGGGACAGAGCCCUGAAGCAUCUCACUUUGCCAUCUUGAUUGGAGUGAGGCUACCUAGUUGAUUUAGUUUUGUUCAGUCUCUAAAGGAAUAUUCACUUGAUUUUCAGGAAAUAAUUGUAAACACAUGCAAUCCCUCUCCUUUUUAAUUACCCCACACAUACACAUAUUUCCCUUAUGUUAUUCAUAGCUCUCUUGGCACUUAACAUUUUUAUGUUAUAGAUAUUAGAUUACAUUAUUUUACCCCCAAUCCCCCAAAAUAUUAGCUCAAGGGCAAAUAUUACAUCUUAUAUUUUUAUUCUCUAAAACACCUUCCACAACCUUUGUACAUCACACACUUCAUGCAGAGAACUUUUUCACAUAAUCAGCAGCCUGAGCAGGUUUCCCCUGUGCUACAGAAUGUCCCAUCUGUAACAAGAAAGCAUACUAGGGGAUUUACUGAGGAAACUAGUGCUGAAAUGUAGUUUUACCCAAGCCUUCUUUAGUAAAUCUUUUUUAAGGACAUACUCAGUUAAUUGGGGCAGUCCCAAGAAAGCACUCAAUAAAUGUGUUGAAUUGAGCUCAAGUAAAUAAAACCAGUAGUUGGCUUUGAAAAUAACAAAACACUUUCCUCGACUUCUUUUAGGGCUUAUCAUGGCUUCCAGUCACACUGUGUUGAUGCGGUUAGUUGCCUCAGCCUAUUCUAUUGCUCAAAAGGCAGGAAUGAUAGUCAGACGUGUUAUUGCUGAAGGAGACCUGGGUAUCGUGGAGAAGACCUGUGCAACAGACCUGCAGACCAAAGCUGACCGACUGGUACAAAUGAGCAUUUGCUCUUCACUGGCACGGAAAUUUCCCAAUAUAACAAUUAUAGGAGAAGAGGAUCUGCCUUCUGAAGAAGUGGAUCAAGAGUUGAUUGAAGACGGCCAGUGGGAGGAAAUUCUGAAGCAACCAUGCCCAUCACAGUACAGUGCUAUUAAAGAGGAAGAUCUUGUGGUUUGGGUUGAUCCUCUGGAUGGCACCAAGGAAUACACUGAAGGUCUUCUUGACAAUGUAACAGUUCUUAUUGGAAUUGCUUAUGAAGGAAAAGCGAUAGCAGGCGUUAUUAACCAGCCUUACUACAACUACCAGGCAGGACCAGAUGCUGUGUUGGGGAGGACAAUCUGGGGAGUUUUAGGUUUAGGUGCCUUUGGGUUUCAGUUGAAAGAAGUCCCUGCCGGAAAACAUAUUAUCACAACGACCCGUUCUCAUAGCAACAAGUUGGUUAAUGACUGUGUGACUGCCAUGAACCCUGAUAAUGUACUGCAAGUAGGAGGAGCAGGAAAUAAGAUUAUUCAACUGAUUGAAGGCAAAGCCUCUGCUUAUGUAUUUGCAAGUCCUGGAUGUAAGAAGUGGGAUACAUGUGCUCCAGAAGUUAUUUUACAUGCUGUGGGAGGCAAGUUAACUGAUAUCCAUGGAAAUGCCCUUCGGUAUAGCAAGGAUGUGAAGCACAUGAACUCUGCAGGAGUCCUGGCCACGCUGAGGAAUCAUGACUACUAUGCAAGUCGGGUUCCAGAAUCUAUUAAGAAUGCACUUGUUCCUUAAAGGAGAGUCUCAUUUACUUAGCUAGGAAAAGGACUGGAUUCUCAGAUGAAUACACACAAAAAUUAGUUAGAUGGAAUUAGAGCUUCGCCUUUACUUUAUUCAUUGGUGAUCAACAAUUUUAUUUAGUUACUUAGAAGUAGAAAUUAGAAUUAAAGUUUAUCUUGGUUAAUUAAUCAACCAGACCAAUUUUGAAAUUUAGAGAAUUUAUUAAGUCACUAUGUUAUAUUUUUUUCCCUUUUUAUUCCAAGAAAUGAAAGGUUUGGUCCCAAAUGAUUAUCAAGGUGAAUUGUUUAAUCAACAUUCCUAUAAACUAAACAUAUUUUUUUUAGGGCACAGAACCAUAAGUUAUUACAGGAAUCUUACUUUGUCUGUCCUAAUAAUUUUUAAAGUUUCCUCCUUCAAUUAUGUAUGCAUUAAAAGUCAUUGUUUAUGUUGUUGAAACAGAUUUCUGAAAAAAUUUCUUUGCAAUAAAUUAUUAUAUUUUAGCUUUUUAUGUCUAUUCACCAGCUUUUAAGUAUUUUAAAAAUUGUAAAUUCUCUUCUGAGGGAUUAGUAUAUUUUUAUGGUAUCAUUAUAAUGCUGUGGAAAGUUAAUGGCCUUCCCUCCUUCCAAUGGGUCAUUAUAAGAUUUACUGUCAAUAUUAUCCUGAUAUUCUACCUAGAUUUUUAUUUUUUUAGAUCUGUCCAUUGCUUUAGUGAAAUAUUUCUGUUCCUGAAUUAAGCAAGUGAUAUAAGGUAAUGGUUCCCAAACCCAACUGCAAAUCAGCAUCACCUAGAAAGUUUAAAAAAUAAACAGAUUCACAGACUCCACCUCA